AUGAGUGGUGUCGAGCAGUUACUGGCCUUAUUGGAGGAUACGGCUUUAUUGUUACAAAAGGCGCAAACUAAUUUAAAAAAGUGUCCAAAACAACGACUGACGAAGGGGUACGUGGAAGCCCGCUUACAAAGUAUUGAGGAGUAUUGGAACACUUUUAAAGAGGCUCACAAUAGUUUGGUGAGAACAGUGCCUAAAGAAAAGAAGUCUGAAAUAUCGUAUUUUGUGAACGAAGAUUUUUUUGUAUUUGAAGAUCUUUAUUUAUGCAUCAAGGCCGAUCUAAAAGAUCUUUUAAUAAACGCUAAUAAGAGUCCUGCCUAUGGAACAAGUUUGGAAGUAGCAAAUAACGCAAACGAGCAGUUAAAGCUGCCUAAAAUCUUGCUACCGACGUUUUCGGGGUCAUAUGAAGAUUGGCCCUCGUACAGAGACAUGUUUCAGUCAUUGGUGCAUAAUAACUCCGCGCUUGGGGAUAAAUUGGACCCAGAGUCACAUAAAGAUUGGGAAGAGUAUGUCCAGAAUGAUACCGACAAAUUACCAAGUUGGGAACAAUUACAACAGUUUUUGCAAUUAAAAUUUCGUACUUUGGAGUUAUUAUCGCCAUCGACAUCUAAAGAAAGGUCAUUCCAUAUAGCGACGCCCGCAGUGCAAUUUAAACCCUGUCCAAAAUGUCAACUAGAACAUGCUUUAUGCCACUGUAAAGAAUUUAUAUCACUUACACCACAACAAAAGAAUGAGUUUGUUCGUUCCAAUAAUAUUUGCUUUAAUUGUUUAUGCAGUGGGCAUGUGGUGAGCAAAUGUCGUUUGCGGGUUUCUUGUAAGGUAUGUCAACGGCGUCAUCAUUCUUUGUUGCAUCAGUCAAUGGCCGUGGUCAAACCCAGCAACAUAGAAUCGCACUUUAAUCAGGUGGAGGAUGAGAUAGACGAAGAACAGCAGGAGCAACACUUGGAGGAACAGGUUAACACUAUCUCUUCUUUCGUAGCAACCAAACAAGGUUCUGCUCUGCUAGCUACCGCUCUUGUCCCUGUUACAGAUGGCGCCGGCAGAAUAACUGUACUCCGCACGCUAAUAGACCAAGGCUCACAAGCGAACUUUAUAAGCGAACGAGCUGCUCAACUGCUUAAAGUUAAACGUAAACCAUUGGCUAUAGAUGUAAGUAUUACGGGAAUAGGAUCUACACAAACUAAGGUAAAACACACGGUGGGAUUAGAGCUUUUAUCAAGAUAUGACGACAAGUUCCAACUGUUCAUUGAUGCAUAUGUCAUUUCUACUACUCGUUUAACAAAUGUGUUACCAUCCAAACAUUUGAUAGACAGUGAAAAUUCAUGGUCACAUCUUCAAGGUCUUGUAUUAGCCGAUCCCACAUACAAUAUACCUGGACGGAUUGAUAUGCUGCUGGGCGUAACCACAUAUGCACAAAUAAUCAAAGAACCUUUGAUCAAGGGUCCUCCUGGUUCACCAUGCGCACAAGAAACAAGCUUGGGAUGGAUAUUAUUCGGUUCCGUGUUAGACAAUACGGAAAUGAAAUCUAAUAAUGAAAUGCUAGUUAUGCACCAUCGUAUAGAUGUGGAUGAAAUGUUGCAAAGGUUGUGGGAGCUGGAUCCUGAAACAAACAAAAAAUUAAGCAUAGAAGAAGAAACAUGUGAACGAACAUAUAAAGAUACAUAUACAAGGACAGCGGAAGGAAGAUAUGUUGUAAAAUUACCUGUAAAACACGAACCCCCACGAGCAACACAAGGUGAUACCCGUGAUAUUUCAAUUUUCAGAUUUAAGCAAUUAGAAUCCAAAUUUGUCAAAUCCCCGGAUUUAAAGAGAGAGUAUAUAAAUGUGAUUAAUGAAUAUUUAAAGUUAAACCACAUGGAGGAAGUUCCCGAAAGCGAAAUUAAUAACCCAUCUAUUUACUUACCGCAUCAUGCAGUUAUUAGAGAAGCAAGUGAUACAACAAAAGUUAGAGUAGUUUUCAACGCGUCUGCAACAGGUAAAAAUAAUAUAUCGCUCAAUGACGACUUACUUGUUGGUCCACUGCUACAAGAAGAUAUGAGAUCCUUGAUUAUGAGAUGGCGACUUCGGAAAAUUGCCUUUGUCGCAGACAUAGAAAAAAUGUAUAGGCAAAUAUUAAUAAAAACAGAGGACGCUGACUAUCAAAGAAUUGUAUGGAGGAAUAGCAUUGAUGAACCUAUAAAGGAUUAUCGUUUAUUGACAGUUACUUUCGGCACAGCAUCGGCACCUUAUCUUGCUGUAAAAACUCUUCACCAAAUUGCUAACGAUGAAGGAGAAGGCUAUCCUGCGGCUGUUAAUGUAAUAAAAAAUGAUUUUUUUAUGGACGAUUUACUAUCCGGUCAGGAUUCGGUAGAAGAUGCUACAAAAAUAGCGAAACAAAUUUCAAAUAUACUUAGUAGAGGAGGAAUGAAAUUACAGAAAUGGUCAUCAAAUAAUAAGGAUUUUUUGAAAAACUUUUCUUCCGAUGAACUAAGCUCUCGCCUGAGUAUAGAUUUUAAGUUUGAAGGAACAGUAAAGACGUUAGGGCUAUCAUGGAAUGUGGUCGAUGAUACUUUACAUUAUUAUGCUGACUUACCUGCGUCACCGGCAAACAUAACCAAAAGAACCAUACUCUCGGAGAUUCAACGCUUGUUUGAUCCUCUCGUGCAUGGCUUUUGUGAUGCAUCUUCAAAGGCAUAUGGCGCAGUAGCUUACCUGAGAGUCAAAGUAGAAAAUAAUACAUAUGUUACAGGCAUUAUAGCUGCGAAGAGUCGCGUUGCACCUGUUAAACCUGUAUCCCUGCCUCGUUUAGAAUUAUGUGGCGCAGUUUUACUUGCCAAAUUAUUAAAACAAAUAAGUGACGCUACACACAUACCAACCGAUCGGAUAUAUGGUUGGACAGAUUCAACCGUAGUUUUGUCCUGGCUUCAAGGAGAUCUUUCUCGAUGGCAAACCUUUGUACGGAAUCGGGUUGCAACUAUAUUAGAAACUAUAGGAAAUAAAUGGUACCACGUACCUUCUGUAGAAAAUCCUGCCGAUGUUGCUUCACGUGGAAUGUUAUUACCUGAACUUAAAAAUUGUAAAUUAUGGUGGGAAGGUCCAAAAUGGCUACGAGAUGAGCAGCUUUCUUUGAAAAAUUCCGUUUAUAACACUAACCUAGAAAAAAGGAAAAAUAUUAUAGCAAAUACAAAAAUAGUAGAUGAGGCACAUUGGUCAAAUAAAUUUAAAAAUUUUAAUAACUUAUAUGAAUUACUGAGAGCAAUAGUCUAUUGCACACGGUUUCUGAAUGUAAGGAAAAUUAAAGAAGUUAAGGCUAUAACUACAAAUGAGCUACAUGACAGUUUAAACAAAUGUGUAAGAUUAGACCAAAGGGAAUCUUUUUCAGUAGAAAUAGAAGAUUUAAAACAAAGGAAAGAAAUAAAACGCAACAGUUGUAUUAAAAAUCUUAAUCCUUACCUGGACGCUGAAAAUAUUCUCAGGGUGGGCGGCAGACUCAGGCAUGCCCAUCUUGUAGAAAUCGAGAAACAUCCCAUGAUUUUAAGCAAUAAGAGCUGUUUAACUACUUUAAUAAUAGCUGAUGCACACAAAAAGACGCUACACGGUGGUACACAAUUGACUAUAAAUUAUAUAAGAAGCCGUUUUUGGAUUAUUAAAAUUAAAUCACUUGUUUCAUCAUAUAUCAAUAAGGGCUUUAUAUGUGCGAGACUUAAAGCAAAACCCAGAUUACAAAUUAUGGGAGACUUACCUGAGAUGAGGGUGACUCCGUCACGGCCAUUUUUACACUCCGGCGUAGAUUUUGCUGGUCCACUGCAAAUUUUAACUUCAAGGGGUAGAGGGUCCAAAACCAAUAAGGCAUACAUUUGCAUAUUUGUAUGUAUGUCUACCAAAGCAGUUCAUUUGGAAUUAGUUGGGGAUUUAAGCACUGAUUCUUUCUUAGGCGCGUUAAAACGUUUUGUAGCUCGAAGGGGAAGAUGUAGCCACAUUUGGAGCGAUCAAGGCACUAAUUUUGUAGGUGCCAACAAGGAAUUGUUGGAGCUGUUCCAACAGGCUAAUUUACAAAUACCAGGCCAUCUACCAGCUACUUUAGCAGAAGAUGGCAUACAAUGGCACUUCAAUCCACCUUACAGUCCAAAUUUUGGAGGCUUAUGGGAAGCGGGGGUGAAAUCCAUCAAAUAUCACUUGCGAAGAAUUUUAGAUAAGCAUCUAACUUUCGAAGAGAUGACAACAUUACUGUGCCAGAUAGAAGCAUGCUUAAAUUCCAGACCGUUGUGUCCAAUCGACAAUACAGAUACCGAUAAUUUGAAUAUUCUUACACCUGGUCACUUUCUCAUUGGUGAAGCCCCAUUCAAUAUACCAGAACCAGACUUGAGAGACAUAAACCUUAACAGACUUUCACGAUGGCAGUAUGCACAAAGGUUACUACAAGACUUUUGGAAGAGAUGGCAAACAGAAUAUUUGUCACGUCUACAGCAACGACCCAAAUGGCUAAAACGACAAGAUGAAUUCAAAGUGGGAGAUGUGGUUCUGGUCGUGGAAGAACAUUUACCUCCUGGUAAAUGGGCUUUAGGUCGUAUCCUAGAAAAACAUUCGGGAGCAGACGGGAUAUGUCGUGUGUAUUCUUUAAAAUGCCGCGGAAAAUUGAUGAAGCGAUCAAUUUCCAAAUUAUGCCCAUUACCUAUAAAUAAUGACUUGGAUUUUUGA